AUGAAAGAUGGAUGGACAAAGUUAUGCUACGCAGACACAGACUCGCUGAUGGUGGCUAUGACUGCUGACUCGUUGCGAGAAUGCGUAAAACCAUCUCUUGUUAAAGAGUGGGAUGAGGAAAUGGUGCCUAAAUGGUUUGCAAAGGCCGGCGACGCAGCGUCACAAAAAGAACCAGGGCUGCUAAAAGAAGAACACCGUAUCAACAAAGGGUGGAUGAUUGCUCUAAGCCCAAAAUGCUACAUCAUGACAGAAUGCGACAGAAACACGAUUGAAGAAGAAAUCUUUGAUCCAAAAAAUCGCCAUCGCGUGUAUGAACUAAUUGACGAGCAUGAAAGGGCGCAACUUGGAGCGCUGGAGGUGAAACGAUCAGCAAAGGGCUGCUCCCAAUCUAUUAAACUCAGACACUUGGACUAUUUAGCUGCGCUAGUUUCCGACGAUAUGGAACAGAGCGUCAUCAAAAGCAUUUCGCUUUUUCAAUUUGAUCAAAUUGCAAAGCGCAUGAAAACGAAAACGCUCACAAAACGCGUCAUCAAUGCUGCACUAAAAAAGCGAAUAAUUCACGCGGAUAAAAUCACAACUUCUGCCCUCCAGAAUGCUGACGGAACAUAUUUAUAA